AGUUGGAGCGGCCAUCUUAGGUGAGAGGGGAGAGGUGAUGCAGCUCAUCCAAUGGAGACUAGCAGCCACCUUGUAGGAGAGAUGACGACUGGCAGUGUGCGGGAGUGAUGCUCAUCUAUCCUGUGCAGAUUGGCGGUUCCCGGAACCUGGUGGUGGCUCUUACUCCAGCGGGGUGGAGUGGCGGAACAGGCAAGAGACAGCAGCUGCUGCACAGAUAUUAACUGGAACAUCCAAUGGCCUCAGAGCAGAGAUUAGAUAUCGGCGAAAAUCACCCAAUUGACCCCAAUCAAGCUACUGUCAUCUCUCAUCAAACACUGGAUCCUCAGAGUGGCUGUGAAUUACCCAACUGUUGUCCAUCCGACACUGAACACAAGGGGGAGCCAGUGACCCAUCCAGCCACAGCUACUCUAGAGAAUGGAGUAUGUGCAGUAGGGCAGAGAACAGAUGGCGAGGAGCAGGGGUCAGGUACUGGGGAUCUGGAGAUCAGUAGGGAGGUGCAGCUAGAAGGGGCAGGCAGCGAGGGGCAGGAUAUAGUGAAGAAUGUAGAGGGAGAGGGGGCAGCUACAGAGCAAGGGAAAGAGGUGACCUGUGAGGCCAGGACAGGCCAGGAGGCAAAUACAGAGGUCUUGCCGUUGGGAGAGACAGGUCAACAGGGGACAGAUGAGGAGACUAUUCCCAAAGUGACAGAUAAUGAGACUGGUCCACAAGUGACAGAUGUAGAGACGGUUCUACUAGGGAGAGAUGAAUCAGAUCCACAAGUGACUGGUGAGCGAGUGACCGAUGAAGAGACGGCUCCACACCUGACAGGUGAGGUGACAGAUCCCCAGGAAACAGCUAAUGAGACAGAUCAACGAGUCACAAACAAGGAGUCAAGACCUGUUGAGGAGACAGACGCCGAUGUACCUGAAAAAGUACCUGUACAUGUAACUGAUGCAGGUGAAAAGUGGAUAGAGACGCUGGUAAGAAACCUAGUGACAGAGGUGGCAAAAGAGGGGGCUCGUGCAGGUGGGGGAACAGGUGAGCGGCUGGAAAUACCUGGAGAGGUAGCAGAUGCCAGUGUUCCACUGACAGAAGAGGGAACACGAUCCAUUGUACAAGUGACAGAGACAAACAGAACGACAAGUGAGCAGGUGACGGAGGGAGCAGGUGCAGCUGUACAGGGGAAUGUACAGGAGACAAAUGCGCAUGUACCGGUGUGUGAUGAACGCACAGACAUAACUGUACCUGUGCCAGGUGAGCAGCAGAGUACACAGGUGAGCAGAGAGGGGCGAGUAGAAGUGACUGAUACACCUGUAGUGCUAAAUAGAGAGGAGACAGGUGGGGGUAAUCUGGUAGAACUCUCCGGUGAGGAACCAGACGUAGACCUGAGAGAGGCAGCAGGUGCACAGGUAUGCGCCUCAGGUGAGGAAGUAAAUACAGAUGCAGCGUGUAAGGUGGAAACAGGUAGACAGGUAACAGCCUCAGGCGAGGAAGCAGAGAGGAAAGUGACACCUGAUAUGGUAUCUGACCCUGGCAGGGAGGGGACACCAGACCCACAACGCCCAGUAGCAUGCCGGGAGAAGGAGUGGCCGCCUCUUAUUUGUACUGGCAGGGAGGUUUGGGCAGACACUGCUGAGCAAGGAGAGACAGAGCAAGGGACGGUCACUGAGGAAAAACUGUGUCACAGGACACCUGAGAUGAAGGAGAGGGAGAUUGUGCUGGAAGGGGAAACCCUGGCCCCUGAGACCCCCAUAGAGCGAGAGAUACGCCUGACCAUGGAGAGGGAGCUGGUCCUGCGCCAGGAGAGGGGGAUCAGCGUCCCUGUUGGGCAGCCCGAGUUUGUGGAGGUGCGCAGAAAGACCAUAACUGUGGAGCCCAUGGCACAAGCUGGCAACGAGCGGCAGCUGGCAGGGGCACAGAUGCUGAGAGAGAUCCAGCUGGAAACGCGCAGGGAACAGGACCUGGUGGACUUAGGCAAAGUGAUGGGCACCUAUGACCGUGGGCCCCAGCAGGAGCUGCAGGAGAGGAAACUGAUCUUUGAGAGUCUGAACACAGAGUCCUCAGAUCCUCCAAUUAAGAAGAGUCAAAGUGAAUUCCAACAGUCUACGUUCUUGGUAGCUACGGCAACAGAGGUCCCUGUAGCAUCUGACUAUGUGGCACCCGUAGAAAGCAAGAAAGGGCCCUCAUAUGCUGAGGCUAAUGGAAGCAAUGUCAUCAUCAUAGACCACAGCUCUUUACUCCGUAGAUCUGCCCCAGGAAACGUCUUCAGCCCCGCCCCUGCAGAUUCAUAUCGUUCCGCCCCUGCAGAUUCAUAUCGUUCCGCCCCUGCAGAUUCUCGUCGCUCCACGCCAGCAGAUUUCAGGCGUUUCCCCUCAGCAGAGGCCUCACGUGCAAACUCAGGAGGUUCCCCUCCCCCUAAUUCUGCCGAUUCCCCUCUUGCUGCUCCCGGGAGCCCCUUUCAGCUGCUCCGUUCACCCAGCCCACGAUCUCUGCUGGAGAGAGAGAUAGAGGAAGUGCAGGAGAGAGAGCGAGAACUCAGGAGACAGAGGAACAGUGUGUACGGGAGAGACGACAGCACCAUGGAGACUACACAGAAGGAACCAGAGAACAGAAGCGACGUUCAAAGUGGGAUCUACCAACCAGAACGCCCAAGUUGGAGGAGAUUAGAUGUGAACUGGCCCCCUAGCACCGGAGUCAUUACCAACGGACAGCAACAAGAACAGGUUUUGGACAGCCCUUACACUCGGCGGCAGCGCAGCGCUUUGAUCCAGAGCUGGGAGUCUGGCAACCCAAAUCCUCUGGGCGACGACGAGUAGGGAGAGGCAGUGAUGAGGACUGUCAGGACAGAACUUGUGACAUUUUGGAUGAGAUUUCCCCACCUCUCCUCUUCUUCUCACUGAAUAUCGGACUGCCAUCUUCCUCUUCCUCACCUCAGCGCUUGAAAUGACCUCAGCAGACGACCGGCCCAGCCUCCUACAUCUCGUGAUCAGUAUCUAAUCUGCCAAUCAAGCUUUUGUAACCUGUAUAAAUUAUUUGUAAUAAAUUAUAGAAAAUGGGACUGCCCCGAAAUACAUGAAA